AUGGCGAUGGCGAGGCCUACUGAAACUGUUUGGAAGCUUUUGUGUCAACGAUUGAAUGAGCACGACGUAGAGUAUUGUCGCACUCUCCAGCAACGUUACUAUGGCCAUUAUUUCCAAAUUCGAGUUCGAGUAAAACGUCAACCAUGCUAUUUGAUUCAUCCAGAUAUGCCUUCUACUUUAACAACCUUGGAUCUUCCUUCAUCUGAGAGUGAAACUGUGAGCUUCUUCUGUGAAUCUUGGGAGGAAUUAGAAGAAAAUGUUCUCUCAAGAUUGGAAACCAACUUAUCUUCUCAUCAUAUCAUUCCUGAACAGUUCAUUCCACCACUGGCAAGGAAUGUGAUACACCAGGCCAAUGAAUUGGUCCAAAUUUGUCCUCCAGGUUUCGGUUACUGCAAUGAAAGUCCACAUUUCACUUGGUUUAAUUUUGUUUUGAAUAUUACUGUUCGUGAGUUAUAUAAUCAUGAUCAAAUCACGCACAUGAUGUUGGAGUCCAUCACGAGAGGGGUUCGAAAUCGAAUGCCAGAGUUACAUGACAAUGGAGAUCACAGCAUCAUGGCUCCUGAGGUAUAUCACAAUGAAGAUCACACCAUCAUGGUUCCUGGCAUGUGGGAGCCCCUCACAGCAGAUUUUCAAAAUCAAAUGGUGGUUCAACAUCAAAUGGAGCCAACUUCAAUUGCCACUGAGUCCCUAAAGAAAGUGAAGUUGGAAAAAGGUGCUGCCAUGGAUAGUUGUAGUAUUUGUCUAACUGAGCUUGGUGAUGGUCCUAUGGAGGUUUCAUCAACACCUUGCAAGCAUUUGUUUCACAAAGAUUGUCUUGUUCAGUGGCUAAUCAAAAGUCCUACUUGCCCUCUGUGUCGCUACAACGUCUCCACCAUCCCCACCUUGAUUGAUUACACUUGA